AUGGCCGCCGGCUCAACCCAAUACGACGUUGUCGUUUCCGGCAAUAAUACUAUUCCUGCUCCUUCCGAUGGACGGCAUUUCGACCUUGAUGAUGCCAUGAUGAUGCCGGAGGAUCCCGCAGCCAUGGCUCAAACAAUUACACGUUUGGUUUCCGAGAUGCCGACGGGUAGUUACGCAACCGGGAAUUGCUCAAUUUGCAUGGAAAGCUUAUGGCCGUCCGAUGGUUCAAGUGCUCCUAGGCAAGUCUCGUGCGGCCAUGUUUAUCACCAUGAUUGUAUUACCGAUUGGCUCUUCAAUGCCAACAGCUACUCUUGCCCCCUUUGCCGCCACCAAAUUUCCCCAUGA